AAUAUAUAUAUUUAUAAUUUUUGUGCAAUAAAAAGCAAUAUGUGAAUUAUAUCUUUCUUGGUUAUCUUUCUGUUAUAGAGUACAAAUUAACUUCAAUGACUACUUGGUAUUCAUAUGAAUAACCAUUAAAUUAUUCUAUCAGUUCUUCAUCACUAAUGCCAUUUUCUUCACGUGUCUCAUUGUUGCUUUGAAUACUUUCAUACUCGCAUUAGUUAAUUUUAUUAAACUAAGUUGUAUUGUUUUAAAUUAUAAUAAUGAAGGAAAAAGCAACUAUUGAGAAGGUAUAUCCUCGGAAACGUAACGCCGCAAUACCUACAUUGUUGAAAUUUCAAAACGGCCAACUAGGAGCCGUAAGUAAGGAUACUACACAAUUUACUCGUCUACUGCAAAAACGUGGUAAAGAGUCAAAUGCCAAUAUUGCAAUGGUAACGGCUAAUGACCAAAUUUACCAUGGUAUCAUGGAUGUUGGUGAGGCGGCAGCACUCACAGACACUUACAUCUGUGUCCGCAAUAAAAUAACAAAUAAGCUUCGUAUUAUUCCCAUUGAACAAGCUACACUCAACAAUCAUAUUUUUAAUACUCUUGAACAAAAACCUUUGCCAACCUUGACGGCCGAACACACCAGAGCUGUGCUAAUGAAGCAAUUUGGAGGGAGAAAAGCUGCACGUUUUGCAGCUAAUCAAGAAAAUAAUAAAGUGAAUGUCGAAGUACUAAAGAAUGAUUUGGACAACACUGUUCGUGAAGCCGAGUUCAACAAAGAAGGCGAGGAACAACUCGAUACGCAAUAUAACUUUGAUAUUUUGCGACCUAAAUUCAAUAAAGAUGCUAAAAAGUUAGAAGAAAUUUAUGAUGUACAUGAUAUUGUGCCUGCAGAGCUGCUCGAUCGUUUAGAUGAGGAAUCGAAAGUGGUCUACUCAACACCAGUGGAUAAGCUACCAAUUCGGUCGGAAUAUUUAUGCAAUUGUAUCAAACAUAUACAAAAUAAUUCACCAACACCAGAUGGAUUCUUACAUUUGAAAUUAAUUAUCUACAUGGACUGUUUGCUAAAUUUGCUCAAAAGUCGUGCACGUUCAAUCAAAACAAUUGAACUUUCCGGCAUCACGGAAAAAGCAGAAAACGAUGUUCGUUCACGUUUUUCUGAUCCUCAUUCAAAACCUUUUUCUCGCACUUCGUACACCUCAGAAAAAGCCUUAUGCUAUUUUAUAGUUCUUGCAUUGAUAAUCAGCGAAAAUUUUACCGUGGAUUUAAACGUGUUGGCACAAGAGCUGUGUGUUUCAAAAAUUAAAUUGGUGAAGUUUGCGCAUAUUGCGAAUGCUGUUCGACCAACAAAGUCAGAUUUGCUGACAUUACGUUUGCCUAGCAAAAUGACUGCCUUACCUGGGGGAUUUAGUAGGAAAUCGAAAAAAUAAACGCUUUCCUGCGCUAGUUUAGUAAAGAGCCUUAGACAUUUGUAAAAUAUAGACGAUUAGAUAUUAAAAAUACGUAUUUGAGUAUUUCAUUCUGCCACUUGUAUAAUCAAAUAUUUGAGCAUAAAAUACUGUUUUAGAGAGGACAGUCGGGUAAAAUUUUUUUUUUUAAAUAGUGAACAUUAUCCCUAUGUAAUUUCAUUAUCAGUAAGUAUCGCUUUUAUUAUUUUUUAUUAUCAUUUUUCAUUACGUGCGUAAUUAACUGUUAGAGAAAAGAAAAUAAAACAAAAAAAGCGUAUUUUUGUCGGUUUUCUCAUUUCUGUUUUUUUCUAUUAUCGAAAAGUCAAUUGACAAAGAGAGUUGUGAGAGCGGAUGACAUAAUAAAAUGGGAUCAUAUGUUUUAUUUAACAUCUAAAUUAAUUGGAGAACAAUGAAGAAAUAAACUACUUCUAAAACAACAAACUUUAGUCGACCCAUAGAUAUACAUACGUAUACUUACAUACAUGAAGAAAUUCCAAGGUUAACAAUUAUGAAGUUUAACUACCUUAGCAUGAUUCAUGAAAGUUCAGACCUGAAGUGUCACUAAAAUAAAAAAUUGCACAUAUGUACAUGUGUGUGUGCGAGGUCCCAUUAAGAGUCAAAAUACUAUUAUUGUCAUUGAAAUUCUUACAAAAUUAUACCCAGACCAAUAAAAAGUCCAUAUUAUUUAGAA